AAGCCCAGGUCAUCGCGACAAUCCUCCCACAGAUCUACCCUCUCGCUGAGCCGAACAGAAAUCAUAAUCAAUGUCUACGACCUAUUACCUCCCGGUCGGCUCUCAUCAUUUCUCUGGACACUUGGCUCUUCGCUCCUCCAUACUGGUGUCGUGAUAAACCACAAAGAAUAUGCCUAUGGCGGCCAUGACCGACCCCACACAACUGGAGUCUACUGGACCACUCCACAAACCUGCCCACCAGGCGGCACUUUCCGCACCGAGAUUCUCCACGGCUUCACAUUCGCAACGCCUGCCGAAAUCGACACGAUAAUCAAAGAAACAUCGGAGGAAUUUCAGGGCACAGCCUACAACCUGUUGACAAAGAACUGCAAUCACUUCACGCAAGUGCUAUGUGAGCGGCUAACCGGACGGCGGGGACCGGGCUGGCUGAAUCGCGCAGCAUCCAUUGGAGUGGCACUACCUUGCGUGGUGCCAAGAGACUGGAUCGAUCCGCCGGAUUUCGAAACUGCCAACGGAGAGUUGAUGGAGGAAGAUGAAGACGAGCUUGAUACGUCCGAACGGACUCGAUUUUUAAGCCGCGGCAAUUCAUUCCGAGGGAGUAUUGUGGGGAAUGACGGCGUCGACGAGAGUCCAAGGAGUGGAAAUCAGAAGAACAAGGGGAAAGGAAAGGCAAAGACCAGAGAUUCAAGCGGAAGGCCACUGCCAGCUGCUGAGAGAGCUCCGGCU